AUGAAGACUACCCGUCUUGAGAUGGUAUAUCAAGUUAAUGUUGUGUUGUAUAUCGAAAAAGAAACUACUUUGAGAAAUUAUCGUCUUAUUAACAAACGAGCACUUGAAGCAAUUCGUUGUUUAAAAGUGAACCCACGUUCCAUCUAUUUAGGUUAUAACUUCCUUUUUAAUUUCUUUCCACAUCUUAACACACUCACUGGGAAUAUGAACACUAUAAUUCACUCUUUGACACAAAAGCAGAUGAAUCAGAUCACGUGGUUCGACUGCUCUAAUGCUGAGAUAUCACCAGAAGCUUUUGAUGAUGCCAUUCUGAGUAAAAUCAUCACUAUUGCUAUACAAAUCGACAGUUUUAGUUAUGUUCAAAAACACUGUCCAAAUGUGAGAAAAGUAGUUGUGACAGUUUAUGACGACGUCACAUUUGAAAAUAUAAAAUUUAAAUGUUUACAAAAACUUGUAAUUAAAAAAUCUGUGAAUGAAAAAUUGUUAAUUAAAAUUUCUGAUUUUGUUGCGACAAACCCCGACGUGGCUAUUGGACUUUUUAAUAUAGAAAGGGACGAAGUGGACAUCGACACAAAUUCCAAUGAUAAAUAUCACAGAAUAUGCAUUAAAGAACCCGUCGAAGACAAACAAAAAAUAACAUUCACUUCUAACAUACAAAAAUUUGAAGAAGAACAAUUUCCAUAUUUUAAAAUGCCAACUACAAACGUUAAAAGUUUUGAUGAAAAGUAUCUUAAUUCACAUGACAUUAAAAAACAUUCAUAUCUUUGUCCACAUAACGUAUAUACGUUGUAUACACUCAAUAUCACGUUUGAUCGAAAUUCAGUCAAAAACAUUGACUUGACAAAUUUAUUUGGGUUGUUACAGUUUUCGGUCUUUUUUAAAAAGACUGUGGAAACGACUAUUACAAUGCCAAAUCCAAGAAACGAGAUUUGUAAACUUUAUAAACUCGAAGUUGUCACGCCAUCACCAAAUAAAAUAUCAUUUGUUGGGACGGAUAGAUGCACGCAAUUACAAACAGUGAACAUCAACUGCGCAUUUUAUAAUAUUGCACUUGAUUUAAAGAAUCGAGUACAGUUAUUGUUGAUUAACACAGGAAAUGAAAUUGCAAAAGUCGAUUUUCGAAAUGUGUUUGAAUGUUAUUAUUGCGUGUUCCGCGGUCUUUUUGAUGUUGAAGAAAUCACACUCAGAAACGAUAUAUUCGACUGUUUGUUAUUACCAAUACAAAUGAAAAGUUUGCGUAAAGUCGUAUUCCUUCUUUCGUCAAAUAAAAAGGAAUGUGUCAAGAGAAAUGAAAAACAAAAACUUAUAAAUUGUGUUGGUCACCCUAUUGAAAUCGUGAUGAAAUAA